AUACACCCUGGCAAAGAGGCUAUUUGUAAUGAAUAUGCAUGAGUCCAAGAUGGCGGCACCCUACUGGAAUUCGGAUGCCUUUGAUGAUACCCUUGUAUCCAGUACCUGCUCAGUCAAGUGUGACACGUUCACCAUAAGUGUUCCUUCCCUUGAGAAGGAACAAUAAAAUCCAGCUUAUCUGUGACAAUGGCUGGCAUGUCAAAGUUCGUUGAAAGUUUGCCAGAGGAUUACGGUUAUGUUGUAUUGACUGGAGUUGGCAGUGUAGUUUUGAACAUAUGGAUGGCAAUGAAUGUAGGCAAGGCCAGAAAACAGUACGAAGUGAAGAUCCCACAGAUGUACCAUCCUGAGCCAAAUCAUAUCUUCAACUGCAUCCAGAGAGUGCAUCAAAACACUGUGGAAGGCAGCUCCUUCUUCCUGUUUUUACUCAUGACAAGUGGACUUCAGUACCCAAAAUGUUCAGCGGCAGCAGGUGUUUUUGGCUUAGUGGGUAGAGUAGCGUAUGCCUUGGGUUACUAUACUGGUGAUCCAGAGAAGAGACGUUGGGGAGGAUUUGGUCAUCUCGCAACACUAGUCUUACUUGGAGGAUCUGUUUCACUUGCAUUCCAUCAGCUGGGAUGGUGGCCAUGCAAAAACUAAACUGGGCCAAGAUUACCACCGAAUGUAUCACAAGUACCCAAGAAACCACGUUGAUUUACUGUAAUAAAUAAUUAUUAUGCAUUCAUAUACUUUUUCAUUUAUUUUGCAGUUCACAAAAUAUGAAUAUUUUUGGUGAUAUAUAUAAUGUUUUUAUAGCCUUUAUAAAGGUUUCUCAUUCAGUUUAUGAGCAAAGAGCAAAACGGGGAAACUGAAAGUAAUCUUACACACAUUUUUUGGCACUAUAAUUGUAAUUUCAUUGAAAUUUUGAUACUUAUUACUAGCUUAGCGCAAAGUAGGAAAUGAUAGCUUUUGCUUCGAAAAUGAUUCAUAUGCAUGUUGAUAAGCACAUUUUUAGCAAAGUAGUUUAAGAACAAAAUGUUAUAUAUAAGAAUUGAUUUAUCCUGGUUAAAGUAUUUGUGAAGUUGUCCUGUUCUUUUUUUGCUACAAAAUCUUCGUAUUUCAUAGAUGUUUACAUAUUUUGUCUUACAUUUACUAAGAAACUAUAUGUUCAAACUGAUUUUAUGUUGACAUAGAAUAAUUAUUAGAUCAAGGUGAGACUGGAUCCCCACUAAACGGGGAAUAUCAAUUUAGGUCUGCUUGGGAAACAACUUAAAUUUUAUAUGCUUUUUAAACAGGAUAUUUGUAAACAUGUUUUUUUUUAUUAAAUCAUGUACUAAAUAUUAGAUUAGGUAUGUCCCUUAAUGGGGAACUAUUUUCAAAUUUGCAAAAGCACAAAGAACUAUGUAUAUGUAGGGCAAUAAGUUAUCAUUUACAUUCAGAUUUGUAACAUUAAAUGUUUUACUGGUAUCCAAAUUGUUACAGAUCUUCAGGUCAUUUCUAUUAUCAUUCUUUAUAGUGAAUUUUGAGUACCAUUUCAACUGACGAUGCUGCAGCAUGUUCAUUUUUAUGGUUUCAAUAUGAAUAUUGUUUAAAUUUUAGCUUGUUGAAAAGUUUGUUUUUAUGCCCCCGAAGGGAGGCAUAUAGUUUUUGAACCGUCUGUCGGUCUGUCCGCAAUUUUCGUGUCCGGUCCAUAUCUUUGUCAUCGAUGGAUGGAUUUUCAAAUAACUUGGCAUGAAUGUGUACCACAGUAAGACGACGUGUCGCGCGCAAGACCCAGGUCCGUAGGUCAAAGGUCAAGGUCACAGUUAGACAUAAAAGGAUAGUGCAUUGAUGGGCGUGUACGGUUCAUAUCUUUGUCAUCGAUGGAUGGAUUUUCAAAUAACUUGGCAUGAAUGUGUAGCACAGUAAGACGACGUGUCGCACGCAAGACCCAGGUCCGUAGCUCAAAGGUCAAGGUCACACUUAGACGUUAAAGGAUAGUGCAUUGAUGGGUGUGUCCGGUCCAUAUCUUUGUCAUCGAUGGAUGGAUUUUCAAAUAACUUGGCAUGAAUGUGUACCACAGUAAGACGACGUGUCGCGGGUAAGACCCAUGUCCGUAGCUCAAAGGUCAAGGUCACACUUAGACAUUAAAGGUCAUUUUUCAUGAUAGUGCAUUGAUGGGUGUGUCCGGUCCAUAUCAUUGUCAUUCAUGCAUGGAUUUUAAAAUAACUACGCAUGAAUGUGUGACACAGUAAGACGACGUGUCGUGCGCAAGACCCAGCUCCGUAGGUCAAAGGUCCUAAACUCUAACAUCGGCCAUAACUAUUCAUUCAAAGUGCCAUCGGGGGCAUGUGUCAUCCUGUGGAGACAGCUCUUGUUUUAAAUAUACUGAUGUAUUACCAGCAUUAUAUACAAGACCUCUAGUAUGACAAUUGUAAACAGUAUUCAGGGUAAUAAAAUAAAGUCAGUGUUGUAAA